CCGUGCAGCGGGGCCGGAUCCCCCCCACCCAUUCCAGUACCAGUCCCAACACUAUGCCCAGCGGUGAAUAUUUCAACGGGCAACCAGUAUCAGAGCUGAUCUCACAGCUUCUGCGGGCUGAGCCCUACCCCGCCGCCCGCUACGGCUCGCAGUACGCGCAGCAAGGCAGCAUCAUGGGCAUCGACAACAUCUGCGAGCUGGCCGCCCGCCUGCUCUUCAGCACGGUGGAGUGGGCUCGGAAUAUCCCCUUCUUCCCCGAGCUUCCCGUUUCCGAUCAAGUCGCCCUGCUCCGGCUCAGCUGGAGCGAGCUCUUCGUCCUCAACGCGGCGCAGUCGGCGUUGCCGUUACACAUGGCUCCCUUGUUGGCCGCCGCCGGUUUCCACGCCUCCCCCAUGUCAGCCGACCGCGUCGUCUCCUUCAUGGACCAGAUCCGCAUCUUCCAGGAUCAGGUGGAGAAGCUCAACCGGCUCCAAGUGGACUUGGCCGAGUACAGCUGCCUCAAAGCCAUCGCGCUCUUCACGCCGGAUGCCUGUGGCCUCUCGGACCCGGUGCACGUGGAGAGCUUGCAGGCCCCUGCCGGGGUCCGCCGGGCCCAGCCCCCACCCCAGCCGCAGCGCUUCGGGCGGCUCCUGCUGCGGCUGCCGGCUCUGCGCGCCGUGCCGGCCGCGCUCAUCUCCCAGCUCUUCUUCAUGAGGCUGGUGGGGAAAACACCCAUCGAAACACUAAUCAGGGACAUGCUGCUGUCUGGGAGCACCUUCAACUGGCCCUAUGGAACGGGGCAGUAG